AUGGCUGUCCUCGCGCCUCUGAUUGCUCUGGUGUACUCGGUGCCGCGGCUUUCUCGAUGGCUGGCUCGACCUUAUUGCCUUCUGUCUGCCCUGCUCUCCGCUGCUUUCCUCCUCGUGAGGAAACUGCCGCCGAUUUGCAACGGUCUCCCCACGCAGCGCGAAGAUGGUAACCCGUGUGACUUUGACUGGAGAGAAGUGGAGAUCCUGAUGUUCCUCAGUGCCAUUGUGAUGAUGAAGAACCGCAGAUCCAUCACCGUGGAGCAACAUGUAGGCAACAUCUUCAUGUUUAGUAAAGUGGCCAAUGCAAUUCUUUUCUUCCGCCUGGAUAUUCGAAUGGGUCUACUGUACCUCACACUCUGCAUAGUGUUCCUGAUGACCUGCAAGCCCCCCCUGUACAUGGGUCCUGAGUACAUCAAGUAUUUCAGUGAUAAAACCAUUGAAGAAGAACUGGAGCGGGACAAGAGGGUCACUUGGAUUGUGGAGUUCUUUGCCAACUGGUCUAAUGAUUGUCAGUCAUUUGCUCCCAUCUAUGCUGACCUGUCCCUCAAGUACAACUGUACAGGGCUGAAUUUUGGGAAGGUAGAUGUUGGACGCUAUACUGAUGUUGGCACACGGUACAAAGUGAGCACGUCACCACUCACCAAACAACUCCCUACCCUGAUCCUGUUCCAAGGUGGCAAGGAGGUAAUUCGUCGGCCACAGAUAGACAAGAAAGGACGAGCUGUCUCUUGGACCUUUUCUGAGGAGAAUGUGAUUCGAGAAUUCAAUUUGAAUGAGCUAUACCAACGAGCCAAAAAGAUGUCAAAGGGUGGAGACAAUGUGUCGGAAGAGAAGCCUGUGGUCUCUACUCCCACUGCUGUGCCAGAUGGGGAAAACAAGAAGGACAAAUAGGAUCCUGCAUUGUUCUUGCUUCUUCUGUCAAUUUCUGGCACCUCUGAGGCCCAAUUCCAGCAGUAACCACAAUCCUUGCCUGAGGCUGUGGCCGUUUGUUUUUUUUUCCUAUUUGGCUGUGCCUGGGUUGGGGCAGGGUGCCUGCUUCUGAUUUCUGAAGAAGCGUGUGUCCAGGGAACCAUGAAGCAUUCAUUCUAUGGAAGGGCUGUUCUGUCCUAGCCAAGUGUUUCUCCCAGGGAGUGAUCUCAUGCAUAGAGGUAGAAAUGGUAUCCUUCCAAGGUUGGGUCAGCAUAUAAACUGCUAGUCAACGCCUGGAUAUCACCAGUCUGUGGUUUCAUUAUGUCUCCUAGUGAGCCUGCAAAGCACAGACUAUAAACUCUAAUAUUAGAUGUCAGAGUAUGAAACACUAAGAAUUUUUCCUCAAGGACCCUUUCUUCCUUAGGCCUUUCUGGCUUGAUCUGUGGCAUUCAUUAAGAUAGUUAAGUUUAAGGGAUUGGAGAAAUGGCUCAGAGCACUGGCUAUUCUCCCAGAGGACCCCUUCGAUUCCUAACAGCCACAUGGGGGCUGAACCUGUCUGCAACUCUAGUCCCAAGCAGUCCAACACCAUCUGGCCUUGGCUGGCACUGUAUGCAUGUGGUGCACAAACAUACACGAUGGCAAAACACCCAAAAGGGGUGCAUGUGAUGUAAUUUAAUCUUUAAGUGUCACUGAUCCCAAUGAAAAGCCUUCAACCAGAAUUUUCAUCAUGGGAAAUAAAAUUAAACGAUCUCCCUGUACCGUGGAAACUGAGGGAAGGGCAAUGUUGACUAGAGAGGCUCUUUUGUGUGGCGUGGCGGACUGGAAGAAGAAAGUCCCGAGGCUGGACAGCAGUUUUCUCCUAUGGUCCCAGCUUUCCUAAUAAAGGGAUUGUUAUUUUGAU